AUGAGCCCUGGAAAGCCUCCCUGUCAGGUCUACGACGAGGAUGACUUACAGCCGAGAGCUCAGAGCAGGGCGGGCAAGGCGGGCAAGGCAAGCUAUCCCGGCUUUGGUCAUCGAGCCUCCCUCACGGUUGAAGAAGUGCUUGUGGCGGCAGCUGCAGACGCGAACGAUGACGUGAAUCAAAAGGAGAGCUCCAGCAGCGAUAACGAGGGUGAUCAGAUGGCGCGGCAGAGGACUCCCUAUGACAUAGAGGAUGACAUUGAAAUCCAAGAUUUAUGUGGCGAUGUUCCGCUCGAACGUGAGUGGCUUCGGCCACCAGCCGAGCUGGUGCUAUCUCCACAAGGGUCACCGACUGGAGCUGCUGACGUGGCUCGGGUCACGCAGAUUGAGAUGGCAUUGGAUGCUCCGGAUGUGGGUCCUCUGCGUCGGUGCUUGUCUGGCGACCUUGCAGCCAUGGAAGAAGAGGAGGAGCAAGAGCAGCAAGAGGCAGAGCACGACAGGCCAACGAGCGUGGUCCGGCGGCUGUCGCAGCGUUUCGUCUCUUCACUAACCCUGCCGUGGUACUUGCGCACAAGUGGUGGCCAGGUCUGGUGGUGCAUCCAUGUGGAGGGGUGGCCACUGUGCUGGCGCCGGGAUCACCAGAUAAGUCGCCUUUGCGAGGCCGUGGAACCCGGCAAAGCAAAGCUGCUGCGCUCCGGGACCAGCGUUCAGGACAUGGAAAUGACUCGGCGGCGUGCGACCAAGCUGCUUUCGCAGCUCGAUGCUGCACUACUAGACGAGUUCAUCCGGAUGGACGUAGGCUUGCCACGAUUGCUGGCGAGCACCAGUGGAGGCUGGGUUGGGGUUGUGGAGAGCGAGGGCCGGAUCGUCGAGCGGAAGGUCUCCGUCACCGAGGCACGCACUACCGAUGCCGUCCUCCGGGCAGGAGCCGAGGUGGUAUCAAAGAGCGCUGUGCUUCGGCAGGCAGCUGAAACUGCCCGAAGAGGCACUUUGCAGCUUCCGGCUUUCUCUUCCAAUGAAGACGUGCCUUUGGCCCUUCGAUGGAAGAGCGACACUGGCAGCCGCUCUUUUUUCGACAGGCCCCAAGCCUACUUCACCGAGGACAUCCUGGUUGAGCUAAAUCUGGCAUCCAUCUCCAGGACAGUCAUUGCAGGUGCACCAGCCGUGGCCGUCACCACGACCCAACGGCAGUUCGUAUUUGUCACCAGGUCAGCGGAUGAGGCGGACAAAUGGGCGGCGUCGCUGAAAGUGAGUCAGUCCCCAGCAAGCCCGCCAAGCGCUGCAACUCCGUGGAAAGACAGGCUUCGAAGGUGGCCCAUCAACCGUCUUGUGUGUAACGACUUCGAGCUGUCCUUGGAGGUCUCCAAGGACCCGCUUGCACUGUCCGCAGAGCUGCUUCGGCUUGCAAUUAGCAGCCAAGGUGGUCCUCCUGAGGUUGUGACCACUGUUACGCAGCUGAGCUGCAAAUUGAAGACGGUCGACCUCACACCUUUGGAUCCGCAGGACCUUUGGGGCUUCUGGGUUAACGUGUAUCACAGCCUCCUGGUGCACUCGUGUUCCUCAUUCGGGCGCCCAAGAACCUUGAGGCAGCUUCUGGGAUUCUACAACAGCUGUUCCUACCUCGUGGCUGGUCAAAUCUUCUCCCUUGCAGAGAUUGAGCAUCUGGUGCUGCGAAGCCAGAUGCAGAAGGCUAGCACCCGCCUCCUGACGCUGCUCGUGCGCGUUUGGCGCCGCGAGCCCUCCGAGCUUGAGGAGCGUCCUUCCUUGCGUUCUCCGCUGAACCCGGGGGAGAACUUCAGAUGCCGUCCCGACUGGCGUCUCAAUCUCGUUCUCUGUGCCGGCAACAAAGCCAGCGGCUCGCAGGUCCCUGUUUUCGAGCACAUGUCGGCUGACGACUUUGACAAGCUCGUGAGCAAGUCAAUGGUACAUUGUUUGC